AUGCUUGUGUCCAUUUUACCCAAUGGUUUCUUCAAUUUUGUUUCAAAAGCAUGGGGAGGAAGAACAUCCGAUAAUCAUCUGACAAGGAAUUGUGGCUUUUUAGACCUUGUUGAACCUUAUGAUAGUGUGAUGGCAGAUAAGGGAUUUCAAAUUAGAGAAGACUUGUUGCUGAGAACAGCUGAACUCCACAUUCCACCUGGCAGACAUGGAAGCGAGCAGAUGUCAAAAGCUGAUGUAAAGAAAACACAUGAGAUUGCAAACAGACGUAUUUAUGUGGGAAUGGCCAUAAGAAGAUUGAAGACCUUCAGCCUGAUAAAGUAUGAGUUACCAAUAACUUUAAUAAAUCAGAUAGACAAUAUAACAGGUAUAUGUGCAGAUUAUGCAAUUUAUAUCCCCCCCCCCCUCCAUAAAGCAUAAUUAUAUUCAGCUUGGUAUUGAUCAAGAUACUCUCAUCACCAAUUAUGUAGCUGAGGGAAUAAUUUGAGUAAUAUUUUAUAUGGUUGUAAAUCUUGUAACCUUGGGUAUUUCCAACCAUUUACGGAGCUAAAGAGAUAAUCAAAUUUAACUGAUUAACUGGCAAUGAACCCAAAUCCUACCACCUAUUAAUUAGUAUCUUACUCUGUAUAAUCAGUGGCGCCGUGCGACCCAUGUUUUGGGGUGGGCCAAGGGCAGUAAACCCAAAAUUUUUCCGGACAACAACAUUUUAAAUCUUCACUUCCGUCGACAACUUUGACAAUUUCUGACAACUUUCCGACAACAUUGGCAAUUUUCCAACGGGUCUCAACAAUAGGGGGGGGCAUGGCCCCCCCGGCCACGGCACCACUGUGUCUAAUGUUAGAUGAUUUUAUUUUCAGUGAAAGGGCACUGUCCUCAGUGAAGAGUAAAAUUGUCUGGCAUUAAUUAAACAGUGGGUGAAAUUAAUUAAAACACUUUAGUGUGUAGGCAUCUGGACUCACUGUCAGCUAAUGGGUUAAUUAAUAAACCAGACACUGGCAGAUAGUUCUGGUAAAGAAAAGUUAUUUGAAUAACAUGACACAGAUUCAUAUUUUUCACAUAACAGUAACUCAGAAACAUAAACAAUUCCAUGUUAGUGUUCGUAAUAAAUAUCGUAAAUCGCUUAUAAAUUGCUCGUAAUUCGCUCGUAAAUCGCUGUGAACUCCCUCGUAUAAACAACAAUGAAACAAUAUAUUAUACUUCAAAACAAUACAAAAUUUACAAUAACAAAACAAUUACGUACAUGAUUGACAGUUAAGUGGAAAUACACACCUAAUUAUAGCAUAAUGUCUCUGUCUGAUAAUGUAAACGAUAUAUUAAAAUGUUAAUAAUUACUCUGUUCAUAACACUCCCCAGGGUUGAGCCGUAUACAGUGCUCAACAAUACUCCCCAGAAUAAUUGUAAACUACAAAUAUGAAAGUUUCACGAACUACAGUCUGUCUAACUGUUUGCAUAAUUGGUUUGUCAAAUCAUUAAUUAACAGAUGUUUAUGUCUUCUUUUGAGACUCUUUAAUCUGUUCCAAUCUUCGCAAUUCACCCACUACAGCAGCAUUGCGUCACGGUCGACCAGUUGACGACACGGCGGUUGAUGAUUCAUCUUCUGUUCUCUCUUUGUUGAUUUCAUUUCUUGUAUAUUGUCCGUGUUCCUAGCAGUUCGUCUAACUUUAAGUUCGUUGACAAACCUUAACACGUACGCUGUUACACGUAACAGCUUAGCGAAGCUGCUGAAUGAAUGAAUAACAGUCUGCAGUUUCUUAACGGUUUCGUUCAAGGCUGUGUCAUCCAGGGCGCUCACUGCUGGAUCCUUUGGCCACUCGCACUGAGGCUUGUAAAGAUACUCUGGUCCACUCCACCAAACAAGAUCACAUGCUUGUAUCCCACGAGAAGGUAAAUCGGCAGGGUUUUGAGAACCGGGACAAAACCCCCAUGAAGUUUUCGGCAUAAGUUGUUGUAUUUCUUGUACUCUACUAUAAUAUUGUAUCUUUUUACUUAGACUCAGGGCGCGAAAUAACGGCCGGUCAACGGACAAUGUCCAGCCAAAACGGCCAUUUGUCCGGCCAAACUUUCGAGUGACCGGUCAUUUUGACCAGCGAUUUCAGCCGAAAUCGGCAAUAAAACUUUCAGUCCAAACUAAUGCUCUGACCAGUGAGGUUAAGAAUAUUCCCUGUCUUCUUUGCCUCAUCAUUCUUAACAGAAUUUCCACCUUCACAGCUCAAUACUACUUAGGAAACGUCGAACAGACGAACACUGUAUCCUUGUUGACCCGCCAUUUUGAAAGUUUUAGUUGGAGUACUUCAUGUUAUCUGAACGUUAUGGAUACUUUACCAGUGAACUCUAAUAAUAACUGGAAGGCUAAGUCAGGGGGGGAGUUAUUAUUAGAGUUCACUGUAACUGAACAGGGUGGACUUCCGUCUACGCAUGCGCGAGAAACGUAAGCGUGGAGUGCACGUGAGCGCGGGUUAAUCGCGUGACUGAAUUAUAAAAACAAACAUCAAAUUUGCAAAAACUACUCGUGUUAUGAAGUUGUUUUCUUGUUUCUUUAGUGUUUCUACGCUCACAAUUUUAGGCAUUUCCAACUUAGAAGUGUUUGCUUUGGAAUAAGAAUGUGAAAGUAGAAAUAAAAACUUUGUUGCAGCAGUUUAAUUUCGCAGUGCAAAUAUACCUGUUUUUAAUAUGAAUAUCUUUUUCGAAGUGAGAUAUACAAGUGCAAAUUGACCUUCUUUAAAUUCGUACUUGCCCUAUUUUUCUCUCCAUAAAAACUACUUUUAUCGAUGGAGAAACUAUUUGACUCUAAAAAUAAGCUUGAAUUUUUGUGGUGAUAUAGGCUCACUUCUUUGCAAACAGUGAUUUAGUACUCGGUAGUGUAGUUGUUGUUUAUGAACAAAAGUCUAAAAUGGAUUCAACAUCCGUCAACAAAAAGGAGUCGCGCUUAUUACUACUCUGUAGAGGAUAGACAAUUAAUUUAACUCACUAGGAACCCAUUCUACAAUAUAAACUAGAAAUCGGCCAACAAAUUGCCACGAAAUACUACAAUGAAAAUAGGGUCUCUGAACUACCAAUUUCACCAAACGGUCAAGUUUCUCUGCAAAGAUCGCCCCUUUGCCCAAUUUUCCUCGAGUAGAUCAUCGUGUUUUUUAAGUCAAGGAUUAUGUAUACAUUAACAUAAAAGAAUAAAAAAAGUGUUGAUAAAGGGUAGAUUUUGAAUAAAAUACGAAUAUCUGUAUACAAGAUCUGAGUGUUAUUAUGAAGCACUCUAUACUUUUUCCAACAACAUAUUGCGAUUAAUUUUUUACAAAAUUAAAAAUAUUCACACAUUAAAGAUAUGAAAAUGUAGCUUGCAUUACAAAGAAAUGUUGGCUUACCUAAGUUAUACCUUACACGUCGAUUAAAGUCAAGUAAAGCCCUUUCAAAGACGUGUGUCACAUUAAACUACAGGUCACAUGGCGGUAGAGAACUCGACGAAGUAUUCAGGAUAUUUCAUAGCCAGUUUAAACCCUGCUGUGCACUAUUCCUGUGAAUUAUGUUGCCCAACACACCGGGUAACAAAAUUUACCACUUUGUUCGGCUGUUCCAAGUACACUUUUAUGAUACAAGGUCCGAUUAUAUCAUGUUCUUCGAAGCAUCUGCUCAAAACAGUCCAACAUAAAUGUCGCCACUCAUCUUCUUCGUAUGAAAAAAGGUUUUCCUUUCAAUUGCUUUGCUUUAAAAACAGUCGUUAGGUUGUUGAAGAGUUAGCCUGCAAGUUCCAACAAAAAACCCCCCGAUGCUUUAAAAAACCAGUGAAUCACAAUGCUGUAAACUUCAACAUCCUUAGAAAUUGUAAGCAAAACAUCGAAAAGCAAAAUUUGCGGGAAAAAGUUCACGAGCCCGCACUAUUUUCAUGCAGUGUCGACGAAAGUCCACCCUGUUGUUCACUGUACUUUACCAGAAAGACCGCUGGACAUUGCGAUUGCAUAUUGUGCAUUUUCGCCAAGCGUGUUUCAAACGAAAAAAUGUUUAUAUUUGUUUUUAUACAGUAUACUUAUCGAAAGUAUUAAAUGUCGUCGAAAAAACAUUAAAUAUCGCUGCAUAGGGUGCAAAAUUCCAAUUUGCAAUGUGUGUUCAGUGGCUUGCUCUGAGAAAACGCCUGGUUAUUGCGAGCAGAGCUAUUUCCUUGGAAAAUGUGAUGAAUGUCAAACAAGCAACGCGAACAGCAAAAGACAAUCGUUUUCUGAACCUCGGGUCUUAAACAAACCUCGACAAUCCACGCUGUCCUCCUUUUUUGUCAAGAAUGACAAGACUUCAUUGGGAAAUAAAGAGUCAGCACCAACUGCUACCAACUCAGGGACUUUGACAAAAGAAUUUCCACAAUCAACACCAGGACAAAGAACACUCACAAAUAAGAAAUCACGAAAUUUAACAACAGCAGCAGCUAAUCGAUGGAAAACAACAUCAUUGGCAACAUACAUGGCGAGUGACUGGCUUUGUAGUGAAUGCAGACAAUGCCGAUUGCAUAACUAG